CUUUCCCCUCCCUCGACAUUUAAUGAACACCGUUGUGGUAUCUGAAAGCUGCUUUGAAUAAUGCUUCGCUCUAUCCCUCGUCGACUCCCUCGAACCAUCCCCCUACGACACCGCCCCGAGGGCAAUCUCUCGCGUUUCGCCGUGCGCUCCUUCACAUGCGGUUAUCCGCGGAUGUCGGCAUCGUCGCUCUCCGCCGUGGAACCGCCCGUCUCAGCAGCGUUACCUGCGGAUUCAUAUCAACUGCUAUCGACGGUAGACAAGACCGGGCCAGCUGAGGAUGCUCUAUACGAACAGCAGAUCAAAGAUGUGGAAGAAUGGUGGCGAUCGCCCCGCUUCGCAGGCAUCAAGCGGCCGUACUCCGCCGCGGAUGUUGUCAGCAAACGCGGUUCGCUACAACAAACCUACCCGAGUUCGUUGAUGGCCAGGAAACUUUUCCACCUGUUGAACGAGAAGGCGGCAGAAGGAAAGCCGGUUCACACGAUGGGCGCUAUUGAUCCGGUCCAGAUGACGCAGCAGGCACCCCACCAGGAGGUGCUGUACGUUUCCGGAUGGGCAUGCUCGUCUCUCCUGACCUCGACCAAUGAAGUGUCUCCCGACUUUGGCGACUAUCCUUACAAUACUGUGCCCAACCAGGUUCAGCGAUUGUUCAAGGCACAGCAACUGCACGAUCGGAAACAGUGGGACGCUAGGCGGAAGCUGACCGCCAAACAGCGGAAGUCUACUCCCUACGUUGAUUACCUGCGGCCGAUCGUGGCUGACGGUGAUACAGGACAUGGCGGACUCUCCGCUGUGCUGAAGCUGGCCAAGCUCUUCGCUGAGAACGGUGCUGCUGCAGUCCACUUUGAAGAUCAGCUCCACGGCGGAAAGAAAUGCGGUCACCUUGCCGGCAAAGUCCUUGUACCAAUUGGGGAGCAUAUCAAUAGACUGGUCGCAGCUCGCUUCCAGUGGGAUCUUAUGGGCACCGAGAACCUGCUCAUUGCCCGCACAGAUUCAGAAAGCGGCCGGCUAAUCAGUAGUGCGAUCGACGUUCGCGACCAUGAAUUCAUUCUUGGGGUGACGGAGGAGGUCGAGCCACUCGCCGAGACCUUGCAGGCUAUGGAACGGGAGGGAGCUGCUCCUUCGGAGAUCGACGCCUAUGAAUCAGACUGGGUCAAGAAACACAAACUGGUCACGUUCGAUGAAGCCGUCGACGCACAUCUCGAAGCAGAAAAGGCUCCCCAGCCCGCCCGAGAUGCGUACAAAAAGCACGUGCAAGAGAAUCCCGAUAUGUCAAUCUCCCGCCGCAGAGUUCUGGCCAGCGAUUACGCGAAGAAGCCGGUCAUCUGGUCUUGUGAUAGUCCUCGCACCCGGGAAGGUUACUAUCACUACCGUGCUGGUUUCCCUGCCGCCACAAAGCGUGCACGGGAGUUCGCACCGUAUGCGGACCUUCUCUGGGUUGAGACCGGUGACCCUAAUGUUGCGAAGGCGGCGUCACUGGCAGGAGAGGUGCGCAAGGCGCAUCCCGGUAAGAAGCUGGUAUACAACCUGAGUCCGUCCUUCAACUGGAUGGGACAAGGCUUCGACGAAGCGUCUCUUAAAUCAUUUAUCUGGGAUCUGGCACAACACGGAUUUGUACUUCAACUCAUCUCGCUGGCCGGGUUGCAUAGCAACGCCACUAUCACAACGGAGCUCUCGCGGGCUUUCAAGGAAGAUGGUAUGCUUGCGUACGUGCGCAUGGUUCAAGCUCGGGAGAAGGAGCUGGGCGUGGAUGUCCUUACUCACCAGAAUUGGAGCGGAGCGCCCUACUUGGAUGGCAUCCUGGGAGCUAUUCAGAGUGGGAGUAGCAGCAGCAGGAGUAUGGGGGAAGGUAACACGGAAAAGGGCUUCUAGGGUAGCUGGCCGGUCAUGUAAAUCAAUGAGAUAUGACAAUGAAGAAGUUUUACUGUCCGCUUGAUGUCAACCUUGUAUAUUUAGCAUUUGAGGCCUCUUUUAGCCGAUUUCAUACUGCAACCGGGACAGUGGGAGCUUUGGAAAGCUUUCAUAUCGUCCUUGCAAACCUAGUUCAUUGUUCUGUGAUGGAGGCUGAAUCCAACCAACACUUUCGCCGGCGGUUCGACCGAGAAGCCUGCCCAUCUCGUUUGCGACAAGGUCCAUAUUCUCCGCGACCUGUCCCGUUCUCUUGUGAUGUGCGUGUGACGAAAUGCUGCUGUUCGCUCUGUAGGAUGGCUCGAGGCUCUAUCCUUCAGUGUGAUAGAGACAGGUGCAAUUUAGCCCCGGUUUCAGGUCUUGCUUGUUUGGCUUCGUUAAGGG